UUUCAUUUUCAAUUUAAAGAAGCGCAAGAGGAGCCCAGAUCGCGAAGAUAGCAGCAGAGGCGGCGGCGAUGCCGGCGGCGCGUGCGAGACCCAACAGCCGGCGAGCCACGAAGACAACGGGACCGUCUCACAGGCCGCAGUCUCCUCCAUCGACUCCACCUACUCGACCCAACUGUCGACCCAACAAUCGGGCGGUCGCCGAGUCCUCGCCACCUUCGGUCCCAAGGUCGACUCCUGGACGAACGACCGAGCCCACAAGUACGACAUCAGACGCGCAGGACCCCACGUGCCCCCGGACGCGCGUUUCAUGUUCGAGCUGUUGAAGACCACGUCGGAAGUCCGCACGCGUGUCUGUCGCUCGAUCGGCAUUCGCAUCAACAAUCUGUGGGCCGCGCAGUCCAGCGACGACGUAAUGAUCACCUGGAACGUGCGCACCCGCCACCAGCAGAAGUACAGGACCUGGGGGCGCGUCUGCUUCGACUCGGAGACCAAACAAUCGAAUCCCACGGUGUUGCUCGAGGGCUGCAGGCAACCACCGAGGACUUACACCGCCGAUACCAAGAACUGGCCGCAGGUCGAGCUGGACGUGAGCGAGCUGCGCGAGUGCUGUCUAUUCCCGGGGCAAAUCGUGGCGGUGGAGGGCCUGAAUCUGACGGAGAAUCUUUUGAAAGUGAGCGACAUGUUCAGGGGUAGUUACGUACCCGUGGCCGCGCCGCCGAAGCUGACCGAUAAGCUGAAUCUUGUGGUUGCGGCAGGUCCGUUCACCCGGUCCAACGAUCUCAACUAUCAGCCUCUGUGGGAGCUCAUGGAUUGCGUCGCCGAGGAGGAGCCCCACGUGCUCGUGCUCAUCGGGCCCUUCAUCGACUACAAUCAUCCCGAUGUUCAGAACAACGCCUUCACUUGCACCUACCAGGAUUUCUUUAACAAGCUCAUUCUCAGGAUCAAGGGCUACUUAGAAGGAAAGUGUACUCAAGUAGUGCUAGUGGCUUCCAACCGGGAUGUACACCAUUACGCGGUCUAUCCGACUCCGGAGUAUUUUAUACCAAAAAGCGUUCAGAGCCCGGAGGUUCACGUUCUACCUGAUCCCUGUACAUUGGACAUCGAUGGUCUGAGACUUGGAAUCACGUCAACCGAUUGCCUCAUGCAUCUCGGUCGUCAGGAGGUUACGCUCAAGUCAUCCGGUAUGGACAAGUUGAGCCGCUUGGGAAAUCAUAUAUUAAAUCAAGCCUGUUUCUAUCCGUUGUAUCCACCAGCAAAGGAAGUCAACGUUGACUCUGAAUUGUGGGAAAAGUAUGCGUUUUUGAGGGAAAAACCGCACAUGCUUUUCUUGCCGUCAGACAUGCGGUACUUUUGCAAGGCUAUUAACGAUUCCGUCAUAUUAAAUCCCGAAAGGUUGAGUAAGCGUACAUUUGCCAAAGUUAACUUCAAACCAGGUACCGAUGGUUGGACACAAGAUAACAUAUCGUGUGAAAUCAUCAAAAUGUAACUAGUAUUGAAUACUUUUGUACAGUUGUAUUUAUUUGUAUACUAAGUCGCGUGUAAAUUUUAUUUUUCAUAGCGUAUAAGCCUAAUUUGUACUGAUAACAUGUUCUUUCAAGUCUUAGAAAGUGCAGCAUGUGUCAAAAAAUGUACAGA